AUGCCCUCAUCCAUGCGCCGACCGCCGCCGGACAGGCGUAGCAUCGUCAACUCCAUGGGCUUGCCUCCCCGCGAUCCGGUUGCCGAGCCCACCAGCCCCACCUACUACCCCACCUUCCCGCGCUCCCGUCGCGACAGCAACGCAUCCGGCGCAAGACGCAGCGAACGCUCCUUUGGCGCAAGGCGCGCCGACGAAUCCGACCACCAGUACGAUGAUCGCUCCCGUCGCUCGGCCCCGCGUCAUUACGACGACGACCGUCGCCGCCAGGACUCGCGACGCGCCGACCGAGACGACGGCCGUCGUAGGUUCGACAGCCUUCCCGCUGCUCCGCGCUCUCACACCAACAGCACCCGUCGUCCCGCUUUGCCCGACUUCGAUGACGACCGCGACCGCGAUGUGCUGGAUGACCUCGACGAGGAGGAUGCCGAUCAACUCGACGCCGACGACGCGCGCUCCAACAGGCGUCGCAGCAUCAAUCCGCCGCGUCGAUCCAUGGCCCUCUCCGACCGUCCAGCCGUCGUCAGAAAGCCCGUUCCCAAAAAGGCGGAGCGUGACCACGACGACGAGGACGACAACGACGACAAGGCCGACUUUGACCGCCGCCGCCGCUCGGUCAGCAACCCUUACGGCGCACCCGAGCCCUACGAAGAAUACUCGAACGCGCGCUACGUCGAACGCGCACCCGCUCGCUCCGUCUCCAAUGGCAACAUGAGCCGCGAUUACCGUCGCAAGUCCACCAGCGCUCGUCCCACCAAGCCCAGCUCCUACAACUCUCGCGACGCCCGCCGCGACGACCUCGAACGAUCCGCCGACCGCGACUCGCGACGCUCCGAUUCCGCGCGCAACGGCGGUGGCCUGCUCAGUCGCGUGCUCAGCCGAACCUCCGGAAGCAGCCGUGGCGACCUCAAUGCCUCCCGAAUGGAAAGAUCCUCCUCACGCCUCAACCGCUACAGCGAGCGCCAGCCCGGCGCCGAUCGCCGCGACGAGAGCGAGAUCGAACUCGCGCGCAUCGAGGAGGAGGAGAUGCUGCUCGCCAUGAAGAAGCGUCGCAGCGCUGCCAACCGCGCCACAAACGGCUACGAUCAGGACGAUCCUCGCUGGUACAGGGACGACCGCGACCUCCGCCAUCCCGUCAACCGUUCGCGCGUCACCAACACUCACUCCGCUGGCCUCGAACGCUCCGCCAGCGGCGUCCGCAGGAGCAUGGAUCGCGAGCGACACCGCACGCUCGCAACCCUCGAGCGCAACAACCGUCAGGACGGCGAGUUGCCCACCGUCUCGCGAACCGAUGCUGUCGCACGUGCCAGGUCCCAGUCCCACUCUACCUCGCAGCCACAAUCGCGUAGCCGCGCCCUUUCCGCCUCUCGUUCCGCCGCCCCCCCUCAGCGUGCCUCGCGCGAGGCUGCCCUCGCCGCCAUCACCGGCGUCUCCACCGGUGCAGCCGCGGCGAGCGUGGGCAGAAGCAAGUCGCAGCAGGCCGCUCAAGAGGACGAUCAAGACAGCGAGUCCGAAGUGUCGUCGGUCGACGAUGAUCUUCUCCACGAUGCCCCCGAGCCCGCCGAUGUGCAUGACGACGAGGCCGUUCCCGUUAUUGUGGCCAAGCCAGUGCUCAACGGCUCCAAAGCAGCCGUCCCUGCUGCCGUCGCGUCGGCUUCCAAGAAGGUGCCCGAGACGACCAGUGACGACGAGCAGGAUUCGGACGAAGACUCGGACGAGGACAGCACCGAACAGACCUCAGACGAGCCUCCCGUCGCAAAGGCGGCGCCUGCCAUCUCCGCCGCUAUGGUUCGCAAGCCAUCCACCGCGUCCAAAUCUAGCUCGCAGAUCGUCGCCACCAGCGCAGCCGGCCGCGCUGCGCCCAAAGGCUACAUGAACUUCACUCGCAAGUCUCCUGCCGCGCCAGCCGCAGCUCCAGCGACGAAGCCCGUUGCAUCCAAGGCCCGUGCUCACUCCGAGUCGGAGGCGUCCUCUCAGGACAGCGAGGAAGAAGAGGUGGAAGAGACGCCAAAGCCAUCGCGCGCGACGCCGGCUGCCGCAAUCGCAGCUCUCUCGGGUGGAGUUGUUGCCGGAGCAGGCCUGCUCUCCUCCAAGCGCAGCUCCCAAGCCGACAAGGACCAGCGACGAGCCGCCAAGCUUCAGGCCGAGCAGGAGCAGAAGGCGGCCGAGGCGCAGGCCCGUGCCGAAAAGGCCGAGCGCUCGGCCGAGCGACGCAAGGCCAAGCAAGAGGCGUCUGCUGCUGCCGCCGCUGCGGCUCUCGCAGCCAAGGAGGCGAAGCGCAGCGAGAAGAUCAAGAUGAAGGAAGCUAGGCAGGCCGAGCUGGAGCGAAAGCGCGACGAGGAGUCGCAGGCGCGCGACCGAGCCAUCCGCGAACGCGAGGAGGCCGAGGAGAAGCGUCUGCUGGCCAUCCGCGAGAAGGAGCGCGAGCGCGAGGACAAGGCCGAGGCGAGACGACAGAGCCGACGCCGCCCGCACGGAGCCGGAGGCCCCAAGAUGCGCGAUGCAGGCGUCAAGCCGCUCACGCCGCAGCAGCGCCACCACCUGCUCAAGGCGCUCGUCAUGCUGCAGAUGCAGAGCGAGUGGGCCGAGGUCGAAAAGCUCGGCGCACUCACAGAGUACGGCUAUCCCUUCUCCAGCCAGCGCUCCAAGCUCACGCGCGUCAAGACGUUCGAGCGCGGCGAAGAUGCCGGCGAAUACUCGGGCGCUGCGCGCGAUCCGUACGCCAACGACGAUGCGAUGCGCGAGGGUGAGAACCUGCAGGAGCCGCUGCUGCUGCGCCACCUGUUCCACGUGCACCUCCACUCGUUCCCGGGCCUGGACCUGGCGCCUGAGAAGUACUGGCAGAAGCGCAUCCAGCCGUUCUUCGAUGAGAUGGCCGCGCGCAACUUCUCGACGUCGAUCGAGCGCGGCGAAAUCUCCAAGCGAAGACUGUACGCGCUUGCCGCCACGCGCUACCUCGGAAGCUUUGUCUCCCGAGGUUUUGGUGUGCGCGGCGAAGGCGAGACGCGCGGUCCUGGUCUCGGCGACCCUGGCACCGAGAAAUGGGGCGUCGGCAAGAACUGGGGCAAGGGCACCGUCAAGCGCGGCCUCGACCGUCCCGAGCGCAUCGAUGCGGAGCUGAUGCAGAACAUCGACAACCUCUUUGACGGCGAAGGAGGCCGCGUGUGGCGCGCUGCGGGCAAGGAGUGGGCCAAGGUGCGAGGUGAUUGGUGCGCGUUCAAGGAGAGCAUCAUCGAGAGCGAGACGGGCCUGGAGGAUGCCAUCUCGUACCUCGACAUCAGCAGCAUCAAGAAUCUGCCGCCGCACUACCGCAACUCGGUCGAAUUCGCGCGCAUCCACGCCGCCUACAUCUUCUACACGCUGUUUGUGUCUGCGCCCAACGCCGACGAUCUGUUCAAGAUGGUUCGGGGCAUCCACGCGCUGGCGCCGUACUGGGGAGCCAAGCAGCUGCUCAAGUACGCCAAUGCCGAGACGAUGAUCUCGGGCAUCCUGAGUCUGCUGCUCGCGCGACCCGGUGGCGCCAAGUCGCUCAUCCAGCGCGUGUUUUCGUACGUGAUUGGCAAGGAGGCGGCGUACAUCCAGAAGGAGUUUGUGGUGCCGCUGCGCAAGGAGAUCGACGACCCGGAGCUCACCAAGAAGAUCGAGGACUACGUGCGACGCGGCGACCGAGUCGAGUCGCGCCGCGUGCAGCGCGAGGCCAAGAAGCGCGGCGAAGACGUGCUGACCACCAUCCUGCUCACCGCCGGCGGCAAGUUGGGCGGCGAGGCCGAGAACCACGUGCUGGAGCUGCAGCGCUGCUUUGCGCUCUCGCCGUACCGCGGCAACCUGUCGCUCGCGUAUCCCGAGACGACGCCCGCCGGUGCCGACCGGCCGCCGAUGCCGGCGUGGGGCGCGCAGGGCGCCGAGCACACGCGUGCGCGCAAGUUUGCGCUGCUCAAGCUGCUGCUGCGCGAGAGCCUCAAGCGGCGCGAUCGCGAGCAGGCGGUGGAGCUCGCGAGCGGCAGCCUGAUCCCGGCCAUCAUCAAGGACUCGCUCGAGACGGUGUUCUAUCCGGCGAUCCGCGAGAUCGCCGGCAGCGCCAACCUGAGCGAGAGGCUGGGCGACCUUCAAAAGUUUAUCGACGACAUGCUCGAGACCAAGAAGAAGGGCGGCAACAGCAUCGAGGACUGGAUCGCGCUGGCGGCGCGCCACGAGCAGUCGCUCUACGUGCUCUUCCACGAGUGCGCUCCCAUCGCCAAGCCGCUGUGGGACUGGUGCCAGCUGGGACUGGACUACAUGGCGCUCUCGACGACGGAUCCGGCGCAUCCGGCGGACCGACGCGCGGCGAACCUGGAGAUCAACUUUGAGGAGCUGCUGCAGGACUCGCGGCUGAGCGAUGCGGAUGUCAAGAAGAUUGUGGGCGAGGCGGAGCGGCUGGCGCGGUACAGCAAGUGGAUGAAGGUGCGGUACGAGCUGGAGGCGCGCAAGAACUACUUGCUGGCCAAGCCCGAGGCUGCGCAUCCGGGCGGCGUGUCGGAGCGCGAUCUGACGGACGAGACGAUGCGGCGCGAGGUGAAGGACAUUGAUGCGAUGAUGCGCGAUCUGAUGGAGGAGGCGGGCGAGACUUUCGACGACGGCGUGUGCGAGGACGGCGUGCGCGGUACGGAGAAGUACGACUUCCCCUGGGCGUUUUUCGACGAAGUGGAUCCGCUCAACCAGCACCUGGCGGCCGAGGAGGAGGCGGGCGAGCUGCGUGUGCCCAAGGUGGCGGUGGGAUUCCCGCCGCCGAGCCUCAAGCACAUCCGCAAGCUGCAGCCGCUGUUCUGCGAGCUGCUGGCGUCCAAGCUGCCCGAGUGGCAGUCGGAGGACGUGCUGGGCCAGCUGCAGAGCGAUGUGGGCGGCAGCAAGGCGCGCAAAGGCAAGCCGAGCCUGAGCCUGAAGCCGAGGAAGGCCAACACGAGCUUCAGCGAGUCGGCGAGCAUGGCGCCGGCGUACCCGGCGGAGAACAGGAGCAUGCUCAGCACGGCCACCUCGAGGUUCGGCCGUCUGCGCGUGCCGAGCCUGUUCGGACGCAAGUAG